CCAAUGAGCGGUGGGCUGGCCCUGCAGCAGUGGCGCGGGCGGCCCCGUGCGGCCCUUCAGAGCCGGGGCGGCGGCCAAGAUGGCGGCGGCGGACGGAGAUGACUCGCUCUACCCCAUCGCCGUCCUCAUCGACGAGCUCCGCAACGAGGACGUGCAGCUGCGACUCAACAGCAUCAAGAAGCUCUCGACCAUCGCGCUGGCGCUGGGGGUGGAGAGGACCCGCAGUGAACUCCUGCCCUUCCUCACAGACACAAUCUAUGAUGAGGACGAGGUGCUCUUGGCGCUCGCGGAGCAGCUUGGGACCUUCACUGCCCUCGUGGGGGGACCCGAGUUCGUGCACUGCCUGCUGCCCCCCCUGGAGAGCCUGGCCACGGUGGAGGAGACGGUGGUGCGGGACAAGGCGGUGGAGUCCCUGCGGGCCGUGUCCCACGAGCACUCGCCCCCCGACCUCGAGGGGCACUUCGUGCCGCUGGUGAAGCGCCUGGCGGGGGGCGACUGGUUCACGUCGCGCACCUCGGCCUGCGGCCUCUUCAGCGUCUGCUACCCCCGCGUGUCCAGCCCCGUCAAGGCCGAGCUGCGCCAGUACUUCCGCAACCUGUGCUCGGACGACACGCCCAUGGUGCGCCGCGCCGCCGCCUCCAAGCUGGGCGAGUUCGCCAAGGUGCUGGAGCUGGAGCACGUCAAGAGCGAGAUCAUCCCCAUGUUCUCCAACCUGGCCUCUGACGAGCAGGACUCGGUGUGGCUGCUGGCGGUCGAGGCCCGCGUGAGCUGCUCGGGGAGGGAGGUGAUCACGCAGCAGAUGCUGGGGGGGCGGGGUCAGGGCUCUGUGGGCGUGUCGCAGGGCUGUCUCACCUGUCCCCAGGUGCUGUCGGAGGUGUGUGGGCAGGAGGUGACCACGCAGCAGAUGCUGCCCACGGUGCUGCGCAUGGCGGCCGACGCCGUGGCCAACGUGCGGUUCAACGUGGCCAAGUCCCUGCAGCGCAUCGGGCCCAUCCUGGACAGCGGGACGCUGCAGACAGAGGUGAAGCCGGUGCUGGAGAAGUUGACGCAGGACCAGGACGUCGACGUCAAGUAUUUCGCACAGGAGGCGCUGACAGUGCUGGCCUUGGCCUGACACCCCCCGGGACCCCCCCGCAUGUGACCGGCGCUGUGACCCACCCCCGGUGUCACCCCCACCCUCCUUUCGGUGUCCCCUUCCCCCCCCCGGGGGUGUCACCGUGUCCCCCCCUCACCCCCCCCUUUCCUGCGCUGUUAAUUAAUUAAUUACCGAUUAUUUCGCCGUUAAUAAAAACCACAAUGAGGUUC